AUGGAGAUGUUUGAGAGCAAACAAGAGAACGUCGGGAUGCGAGACACCUCUGAACUUCAAGAGUCGCAAUCACCAUCCAGGUUGACUCCUCCUGUUCAUAGCGAGCUCCCUAAUAUGGUAUUAAGAUUAUAUAGCGUCAACGGUCGUGGUGUAACUGAUGAAGUACGUGACCAUGCGCCUUGGACGUACAAAACAUUAUGCUUUAGCAAGAAUACAUCAGUUCGAAAAAAGUCGACGGAAUUGUGGGACAUUGCAUUGAAUGCUGGGUGUUGGUGCAUGGUACAGGCGGCAUUAUUUCUGCUCUCUGCCGGUGUGAAAAUCCUCGGAGUAGCCUAUGCCAUUUUCGCAGAUAUAUAACGACAUGGUCUAUAAACCGGGAAAAGCGAGUGUUGUAUCCGUAAGAUGUAAAAGUUCUCUUGUAGUAGACAGUAACUUCGCUGCAGCGUUUGGACAUGAAGGAAUUGUGGGUGCUGAAUUGGAAUGGAAAGAAGCACCGUAACAGUUUAAGAAUGCCCGAAUGCUCGUUGAAAUGGUCAUUCGCUGGAUAUCGAUGAGUCGGAUGUCGAUCCUGAUUCCUGAGGAAUACUUAAGACAUUGAAUUUUGUGUGACAACGACGUGUGAC